AUGAGCAGGAAAUCAUUGGAAUCAAGGAAGUUAAUUGCUAGUGAACUACAAGCUCGAUUAAAUAACAUUGAGAUGAUGACCAGCAAAGACGAUAUAAUAAGGCAAUUAAACACUAAUAUAGUAUUUCGACAAGAAGAAGUUUUACGUGACCUUUGGAAAUUUAUUCAAUCUGACGAUGAUAUUACUUAUAUACUACAAGAAUCGUUAACAGACAAGAUUACAAGUGACGAAAAUAUAACGUAUCAUGAGUUAAUUCAGCUUGCCAAGACCACAAUGACAUCGAUCAUUAUAGGAAGGGAAGAUAUACAAGAUUACUUCAAUCAAUUAGGCUAUUACUUAAUCCAACAGUACAAGAAGAAAUUAUUUCGUAUGCAAUCUUUACUAGAGAAUUUUGAACGAGGCUCAUUAUGUAAUUUAGAUAUCUUACAGGAUUAUGACGAAAACAAAUUUCUCUAUGAUGAUCAAUAUACGACUCAAGAGAAGGUUAUCUUUGAUCUAAUAUCUCCAUUAUGGGUACCUAGCCGUUUUUCCACCAAUUUAAUUCAGUCAAUAGAAGAAAUAGAUGAUGAUGAAGUCAAUGAAAUUAUAGCCAAUUAUUGUCAACAUUUUGAUAGUGAAAAAUUGAUUAAAGAAAAAUUAAUAGUAUGGUUCAAGGCUAAAGUUAUCUCCAUUAUGGAAGAUUCGUUCCAGCGAUCUAAAGUUAUUGAGGCUAUGACUAUGAUGAUGAAACCUGUCAUUGAUUCGUUUGAUAAUUAUUUCAGUAUUUUACCAACGUUAUUCCAAUUCUAUCGCAACUUACUUCAGCAUAUACUAUCGGAUGAUAAUCAUACCGAAAAUGUUCCUAACGGAAAUGAUUCAUCCAAUCAAUUACUAACAAUCAAUCAGCAUCUAUCAAGGCUUGUCAUGCUAUUUAAUGUCAGAUAUGUACGACAAGCUGAAUUCAAUCCUAAUCAAUUAGUUGGUUAUGAUGAAAAUUAUUCAUUUGAUCAUAAUUCUACAGCUGCUUAUUCUACUUGUCAAUUACGGAAUAAGGAUGUUCAGUUCCUGCCUAUAACAUUGAAGAUAUUUAAUCGCAAGGUAUCAAGCAGAAAUAUUAUUAAACUAUUAAGUGAAGAAGAAGCUUUACGAAAGCUAAAUCAUAAAAAUAUUUUAACAUUUUAUGGCCUUGUAUCAUUGGAAGAUCGUGUCAACAACUUUACGAUGGCUUGUGAGAUUUGUCACUGUUCGUUGAAGAAAUUCUUCGAUUUCCAAAAUGAUUGCAUCCCUGCAGAUUUUCCCUUCCGAUAUAAUAAACAACAAUGUGCCUACAGGAAAAUUAAAAUUUUUGCAUUACAAAUAGCAGCUGGUUUGUGCUAUAUCCAUAAUGCGUGCUAUGUCCAUCCGGAUCUGUACUUGGAUAAUAUUCUGCUAAGCAUCGAUAACACUAUCAAGUUAUGUGAUCCAAGCGUAGUUUUUCAAUCUGCAUCUAUCGAUUCGAUCAAGAAUAGUCAACUACCAAUCUAUCCAGCUCCAGAAUAUUUAGCUGGUAACGUAUAUAACCAUAAAUGCGAUAUGUACCAUUAUGGCUUAAUACUACAUGAAAUGUGGUACAACAAACCAUUGAUAGACUUAUCCAAUUCGGCUAGUCUAUCGAAAGAUACUGUAGACAAGCUACUUCAAGGUGUUAAUCCCGAUUUUAGUAUUUAUCCUCCACCUCCUGAUUUAUGGCAAUACAUCAUUACUAAAUGCCUUCAAUUUGAUCCUAAUGAGCGGUUAUCGUCUAGUGAAUGCUAUAAAGCAUUACAAUAUCGUAGCGAUUAUGAAGAUCCCGAAGAAACGACCUCUCCAAUCAUCUGCUAG